AUGGAGGCCUCGUCCUGUCUCAUCUAUAUAAACUUUAUCGAAGCCGCCGCAAGGAAACACGUGACGCAGACGCUGACUCCUUGCGAUGGUGACGCUCCUGCACGGGGUUCCUUGCCUCGCCUCUUCGCUCGCGGGCACCCCUCUCGCUGUGACGUCAUCGCCUACCCGCUACGUCAUCGUUGCAUCAUCCUCUUCUCGCUAGAGGAACGACCAAUCGCCUCCCGAGAAAGGAUGCCGUCAUCGCCCCGCCCCGCCAGUGAGCCGCUUAUGAUAAAUGCGUCAUCGACUCCAGCGACCAAUCAGCUGCGCCGACAGGACUCCGCGCGGGCAUCAAGGCCGACGGCACCGCGGCACGGAGGCCCGCGCGCUGAGCCGGUCCGCGAUGACUCAUCGGUCGCGUCGGCGGCGGGCGACGGGGCCAGGGAGGCGAGUUUCCCGUUCCAGAAAUCGAGUGAGGCGCCGGGGCGGCAUCGGGGCAGCGGGCAGCUGAAGCGAGGGAGAGUGGCGUCGUGCCCGCCGUCCUUCCGCUCGUGCUCGGCCGCCGCGGCGAUCAAGGCGACGGCGCUCUUGAGCCUCCAGAUCACCGGGCUGAGAGUGAGGUCGCGGGACUCAUGGCGCCGCUUCCCGAAGAAGGACAGCGAGAACAGGGCGCGGCGCUACCUCGUGGAAGUGGACGAGUGGCUGGGGACGCGGCCGCGGCAAGCGGAAGACCCGCAGGUGCGCCCCUUAAAGAGAAGUAACCCAAUCAACGACGCUCGCCCCGCCCGCGCGCCCGUGGCCGAUCAACGUGACCUGCGCCCGCUCGCACUCGAUCGCCAGAUCAGAAGAAGCGAUAUCGCCUCCCGCGGUCCGGGGGGCGCCGCCCUCCAGCCCCGCCCCGCCAGCGCGUCCCGCCUGCCUGCCCGGGAGAGGAGAGAGGCGCGCCCACUCCUGCGCUCCAAGUCCACACGGGGGACGCGCAGCAAGCGCAGGAAGAAGGACUCGUCAGGAGAACCCGCGACACCCAGCCGACGCCUCCAGCGAGGCAGUCCCGCCGCCCCUGCAGCGCCUCCGGCCGCCCACGCCGCCAGGGAGAGGAGCAGGAGCGACGACCCGGCCGCCCUCACGCCCCGGGAGCCCAAGGCGCUGCUCCGGGUGACGGUGCGGACAACGCCCGCGGCCGAGCAGCCACGCCACAGGAGCGACGGAGCCGCCCGCACUCCGGCGUCCGGCGAGCAGCAGGAGCGCCGCGGGACCCCGGGCCGCUGUGCGCACGUGUCGGGCGUCCGGCGGGAGAGCCCCCCGCCCUCGCCCUCCUCCCCGCCCCGCGCCACCUGCCGGCCGUCGUCGCCGCGCAGCCUUCAGUCGCUCGCUGGCCGCAGCCUUGGACAGAGGCAGUCGAUCCCGCACGCGCCCCGACCCGCCUAUAUAGCGCCGCGCUCCCCCCUCGCACGCCAGUCGCUCCAGCAGCACUUGCAAGGCUACACGUGCUUCUCCUCGCCCGAAGGCAUCUCGCUCCUGAUCCAGCGCUGCCCCACCGCGCCCACCGACGACCCCCCUGCCUCCUGCUGCGACGUGCCCGCCUCCAGCAGCCACAGGUUGCUGCAGAACAUCGCCUGCCAAGUGUCCCACCUGUCGGCCGCGGGGAAGCUCCCCCUCUGA